CUCCAGCAUGGCGGAUGACGAUUAGUCCUACGUGAAAGUUGUUUAGAGGUGUGACCGGCAUUAGAAAAUGAUACACGCUCAUGUGUGCCGUUUGAUGUAAUAAAGGCGGUAUUUGGAAGCUUACAAUAUGUUUUUGACUCGUGCACUUGAGAAGAUUCUAACUGACAAAGAAAUUAGAAAGGCUCAUCAUUCUCAACUAAAACGGGCUUGUGAGGUGGCACUUGAGGAAUUAAAAAAUGACCAGAAAGACCAGAGAACUUUUCGUAGGAAAAAUGUGGAGAACACAUCCUCGUCAGCCCUGCCGAUGCCAAAAAAGGCUGGGUUUGUGGAAGCAGACAAGUACUUUCUUCCAUUUGAGCUAGCAUGUCAGUCAAAAUGUCCCCGGAUUGUGAAUGCAGCUCUGGACUGUCUUCAGAAACUGAUAGCAUAUGGCCACCUUACUGGAAAUGUACCCGACACUACAACUCCAGGCAAGAGACUGAUAGACCGAAUAGUUGAAACAAUAUGCGGCUGUUUUCACGGACCACAGACAGACGAGGGAGUACAGCUGCAAAUAAUAAAGGCUUUAUUGACCGUUGUGACAUCCAACACCUGUGAGAUACACGAGGGCACCGUGCUGCAGACGGUGCGGACAUGUUACAAUAUCUACCUGGCCAGCAAGAACCUCGUCAACCAAACCACAGCCAAGGCCACUCUCACACAGAUGCUCAAUGUCAUAUUCUUCAGGAUGGAGGCACAAGCAGAGCAAGAGAGACAGUCAAAGCAGGAGAAUAAAGGUCGAAAUGACAAAGUGUCUAACAAGGGAGAUGGCAUUGAGGAUCAGACAGAGACAGAGGAAAACGAUGCUGUGGAACAAGACAGAGAUACGACAGACAACAAUGGAGAACAAGAAAAACAAGAAAAUAAUGAACCUGAAUCUCCAGAAGAUAUUGCCCAAGGGAUUCUUGACGAACUGUUAGAUCAGAUUGUUUCAGGUCCGAAGGGUGAUCCUACCUCCCCAAACUCAGACCAGCCUCUCCCUCCUCCAGGUUCCAGCUCCGGUCCUGAGCCUGACCCCACCCCUACAGUAGAUGGGGUGAAAGGUGGAGGACUCUCACGUCUGACGUCAGAUGACAGUAUUGAGGCUGGGGACGGCGUGGAACAGAUGCAGGGGGCAUUCAGUCACAUCCUGCAGAAAGAUGCGUUCCUCGUGUUCCGCAGUCUGUGUAAACUGUCCAUGAAACCACUUGGGGAAGGCCCGCCUGAUCCAAAAUCCCAUGAGCUGAGGUCAAAGAUUUUGUCACUUCAGCUUCUGCUCUCCAUCCUUCAGACUGCAGGCCAUGUGUUCCGUACAAAUGAAAUGUUUAUAAAUGCCAUCAAGCAAUACCUGUGCGUGGCACUGUCCAAAAAUGGUGUGAGUGCUGUACCAGAAGUGUUUGAAUUGUCACUAGCCAUCUUCCUCACACUGCUGUCAAACUUCAAACAGCAUCUCAAGAUGCAGAUCGAGGUGUUCUUCAAGGAGAUAUUCCUAUACAUUCUGGAAACAUCCAGCAGCUCAUUUGAACACAAGUGGAUGGUGAUACAGGCACUCACGAGGAUCUGUGCAGAUGCUCAGUGUGUGGUGGACAUCUACCUCAACUAUGACUGUGAUUUGGCCCUGGCUAAUAUUUUUGAGAGACUUGUUAAUGAUCUAUCAAAGAUUGCACAGGGCAGACAGGCAAUGGAGUUGGGGGCCUCCCCAAACCAAGAGAAGAGUAUGCGCAUCAAGGGUCUGAUGUGCCUGGUGUCCAUCCUCAAGUGCAUGGUGGAGUGGAGUAAGGAUCUCUACAUCAACCCCCACUCCCAGUCUAACCUAGGCCAGGACAACAAGCCCCACACGGAGACUGACAAUGACUCCUUCAAGGGGACAAUAACAAGCUAUGGCAGCAGUAACUCCCUCAGCUCUAACAGCAGUUCCCAGAUGACAACCAGUGCUGCCCCAGACAACCCCGAACAAUACGAGGUCCUCAAGCAGCAGAAGGAGACCAUGGAAACCGGAAUUGAAAUAUUUCACAAAAAGCCUGCAAAGGGGAUAGCAUAUUUGCAAGAACAAGGCCUGCUGGGUAAAAGUCCUGAUGACAUUGCUGAGUUUUUCCAUUCCGAAGACAGGCUAGAUAAGACGGCACUGGGUGAUUUCUUGGGAGAAAAUGAAAAAUUUAACAAGGAAGUCAUGUACACCUAUGUCGACCAGUUGGACUUCGUCGAAAUGGACUUUGUACCUGCACUGAGGAAGUUCUUGGAAGGUUUCCGAUUGCCUGGCGAAGCUCAGAAAAUAGAUAGACUCAUGGAGAAAUUUGCAUCUCGAUACUGUGUUUGUAGUUCGCAGACGGAGCUGUUUGCAAGUGCCGACACAGCUUAUGUGUUGGCGUACUCAAUCAUCAUGCUCACUACAGACCUACACAGUACACAGGUGAAGAGAGAGCACAAAAUGACCAAGGAGCAAUACAUCCGCAUGAACCGCGGCAUCAACGACAGCAAGGACCUGCCAGAGGAGUACCUGUCUGUCAUCUAUGAUGAGAUAGCUGGCAACGAGAUCAAGAUGAAGGCAACUGGAGGACAGAAACCAAGCAAGUCAGCAAAGGAGAUCACCAGCGACAAACAGCGGCGGUUGCUGUACAAUCUGGAGAUGGAGAACAUGGCCCAGACGGCCAAGGUGUUGAUGGAGAGUGUCAGUCAUGUCCAGUCCAGCUUCACAAUGGCAACUCACCUAGAACAUGUCCGACCAAUGUUUAAGAUGGCAUGGACUCCUUUCUUGGCAGCAUUUAGUGUGGGUCUCCAAGACUGUGAUGAUCCAGAAAUUGCCUCCCUUUGUUUGGAUGGCAUCCGAUGUGCAAUUAGGAUAGCCUGUAUUUUCCACAUGGAGCUGGAGCGAGAUGCUUAUGUUCAAGCCUUGGCCCGCUUCACCCUUCUAACUUGUGCAACACCCAUCACCGAGAUGAAAGCUAAAAAUAUAGACACUAUCAAAACCCUGAUCUCCGUGGCCCAUACGGAUGGGAACUACCUGGGCAAGUCGUGGUUGGAGAUCCUGCGAUGCAUCUCUCAGUUAGAGCUAGCACAGUUAAUCGGCACUGGUGUGAAAACAAAAUACAUCUCAGGACACUCCAGCCACUCUCAGGCUGGUCACCCAGUGGAAGCGUUCGACCCCGAAGUGAUUGCCCGGGGGCCCCUGGACCGUCAGCGGCUGGCCAACUUUCAUGAGACAGUUGGGGAGACGAGCUCGCAGAGUGUGGUGGUGGCAGUAGACAGGAUCUUCACAGGCUCGGUCAAACUAGAUGGUGUUGCCGUAGUGGAGUUCACGAAGGCGCUGUGCCAGGUGUCGAUGGACGAGUUGGCCAGCCACAGUCACCCCCGGAUGUUCAGUCUACAGAAGAUCGUGGAGAUCUCCUACUACAACAUGGGCAGGGUCCGUCUGCAGUGGUCCAGGAUAUGGCAGUACCUCGGGGACCACUUCAACAAGGUGGGCUGCAACCCCAAUGAAGACAUUGCUUUCUUUGCUGUUGAUUCCCUCCGUCAGCUCUCCAUGAAGUUCAUUGAAAAAGGAGAGUUUGCAAAUUUCCGUUUCCAGAAAGAUUUCCUAAGGCCUUUUGAGCAUAUCAUGAAAAGAAAUAGAUCCCCAACAAUCCGUGACAUGGUUGUGAGAUGUGUGGCACAGAUGGUCAACUCCCAAGCAGGAAAUAUCCGGUCUGGUUGGAAGAAUAUCUUCAGUGUGUUCCACCUAGCUGCCUCCGACCAUGAUGAGGGGAUCGUGGAACUGGCGUUCCAGACUACCGGCAAAAUUAUUUCCAGCAUAUUUGAGAAACAUUUUUUUGCCGUGAUUGACUCAUUCCAAGAUGCUGUCAAGUGCCUGUCGGAGUUUGCGUGUAACGCUGCAUUCCCUGACACUAGCAUGGAAGCCAUCAGGCUGAUCAGGAACUGUGCCAAGUACGUCGCAGAGAAGCCUCAUAUGUUCCGAGAUCAUACAGGGGAGGAGGUGUCAGUCCCGGAGGAUGACCGGGAGUGGGUGCGAGGAUGGUUCCCAGUGUUAUUUGAACUGUCCUGUGUCAUCAACAGGUGUAAAUUGGAUGUCCGCACACGAGGUCUGACUGUGAUGUUUGAGAUCAUGAAGACGUAUGGAGAAACAUUCCAGCCACAUUGGUGGCGAGAUCUCUUCAAUAUUAUUUUCCGUAUUUUUGAUAACAUGAAACUACCUGAACAGUUGAAUGAGAAGAAUGAAUGGAUGACGACAACAUGUAACCAUGCACUGUAUGCUAUUGUGGAUGUGUUCACGCAGUACUACGAUGUCCUCAGUGAUAUCCUCCUGUCGGACCUCUACCAGAUGCUGCACUGGUGUGUCCAACAGGACAAUGAGCAGUUGGCUCGCUCUGGGACCAACUGCCUGGAGAACCUGGUGAUCUCUAAUGGCAUCAAGUACGCCCCGGAGGUAUGGGAGAAGACCUGCAGGUGCAUGCUGGACAUCUUCAAGUCUACCAUUCCACACUCGUUAUUGUCAUGGAGACCCGAGGAUGAGAUGGACUCUGUGUCACCAUCCAAAGACACUGCCAGUGAUUAUGAUGCAAACUCCAUGGACAAUCAGGACACCAGGUCAGAGUCUGGUCUGUCCCUUGAAAGUAACCACGAGAGCGGCAAGUUGAGGCGAGCGGACAGCAUUGGCAGUAACGUCUCCGUGGAGUCACGGGAUCACAAAAUACCUCGAUCAAAAGUUGCGACUGAGCAGAAGCUGUUCCAGGGCCUGUUGAUCAAGUGUGUGGUGCAGCUCGAGCUCAUCCAGACCAUCGACAACAUCGUCUUCUUCCCCGCCACCAGCAAGAAGGAGGAUGCCGAGUACCUGGCUGCAGCACAGGCUAACAGUGACGAGGCACAGCUGUUUGACCCAUCCCAGCAGAGAGAGGACCAGGGCAUGUACCAGUUCCUCAGCUCCAACCAGCUGUUCAUGCUCGUCGACUGUCUACUCCAGUCCCACAAGUUUGCCAAAGCUUUUAACUCUAACCACGAACAAAGGAAUAUACUCUGGAAAGCUGGUUUUAAAGGUAAAGCCAAACCCAAUUUACUGAAGCAGGAAACACAGAGUCUGGCGUGUCUCUUCCGCAUCCUGUUCCGUAUGUACAAUGAUGAAGCAAGGACAGACGCCUGGCCAGACAUUGAGAAGAAGUUGCUAGAUGUCUGCAGCGAUGCCCUGGAUUACUUCCUGUCCCUGCAGUCUGACAGCCACCGCGAGGCAUGGAGCAGCCUCAUGUUGCUGCUGCUUACUCGAGUCCUUAAGAUGUCCGAUCAGAGGUUCCGAGUCCAUGCAUCCAAGUAUUACCCGUUCCUUUGUGAAUCCAUUAUGUUUGACCUCAAGCAAGAAAUGAGAUCCAUCCUACGCAAGUUCUUCAUCCGAGUCGGACCAGCGUUCGACAUCCUUGAAAAAUAAUCCUGUACAUAAUCAGCCAUCAGCUGUACAUAACUCACAGACUGACAAGACAGGCGAGUGCUUGGCCAUGGGACAACAAGCUUCUGGUGAAGAAACAUGACUGCUGGAGACGCAAGCUGGAACCUCCUUCCAUCGAGACAGUUUCGUUUCCAUGGUAACAGGAAAGAUCUUUUUGUAAUAUUUACUCAGAAAUGUUCCCUGUUACCAUAGAAACAUAGCUUAAUUUGUGUCCUGUUCUAUAAAGGGACAUCAACCCUACAACAGAUGCAACGCCUGUUCUUCUACUUACAAACAGUUCUUGUGGUACUAUGAUCUCCGGAAUACUAACCUGUUCCAUCCCAAAAAUGGGACUAAGAACGUUUUUAAAAAUGAAUUUGUAGGAUACUUUUGGUGGCAUGAAAUUGCUGCUUCUAAUCCAGCAAAAGCCAUUACUAUAGUUUCCAUACAUCCAAAGCAAUAUGUAUACAAAUCUACUCUGUGAUAAGAUGCAGGUUAUGGGAGCAGGUUAACCUGUUUCACAUGAAUUUUGUCUGCUUUAUUUUAGGCUUUGAAAACUUUAAGAAUUUUAAAAUUCAGAGUCAACCAAAUGGACUUUAUUCUUUAUUUAAUUAUUUAUAGCUUACAUAUUUAUUAUGAUAUUAUCUAGGGGUUGAAGAAUGGGAGGUGUCAUGAUUAACAAUCCUGUAUCCUCUGUAUAGCUGUGCCUGUUGCUUGACAGUCAAUAUGGCUGUCAUGUUGUGGGAGUUUAUACAGUACAGCCAGCUAAUCGACUGCGAUAUGUUCUGUUGUUACAAGGUUGUUGCCAUCCAUGUGUGAUACUCCAAGAGGGUUGAGUGCUGAGGUCAGAGCAAGGAUGUCACGUGGAGUUUGUUCAACUAAUCCUGUCAGAUAUCUAUCUGUCAACAGGAUGCUAAAUGUACAUUAUAUGGUUUUAUUCAUGUUGACAGUAUGUGGCUACAAAUAUGCAAUGCUAGGAAAACAUUCAGGGCCUUUCUAGGUAUUGUGCUGGCCCUUAUCAAGCAUAUGUGGUCACCACACAAAUAAUAGGAAGAACUAUUUUGGGUCAUUCUAGGUACUGUUCGGGGUCAUUCUAGGUACUGUGCUGGCCCUUAUCAAGCAUAUGUGGCCGCGACAUACAGCAACACAAAUAAUAGGAAGACAUAUUCGGGGUCAUUCUAGGUACUGUGCUGCCCUUAUCAAGCAUAUGUGGCCGCCACAUACAGCAAAACAAAUAAAAGGAAGACAUAUUCGGGGUCAUUCUAGGUAUUGUGCUGGCCCUUAUCAAGCACAUGUGAGUCAUCUACAAUUAUGAAUUACAUAUUUGUCCUGCGUCAGGAAACAUGGAAGAUAGCAGAAAUUUGUUUUCCCGGACAGCACGCUCUUGUCUUGUCUUGUCAUCAUAGUCAGUGGUCAGUAGCGACCAAACAUACUAUACUUACAUGUGAUAUAUUUAGCCAAACCAUGCUGCACUUUUCCACAUCACCAACAGCUUACCUUCUUUGUUUUUUUGUAUAUUGUUGUUUCCAUGGUAAUGCAAGUCAUAACAGCCCCCUCCCCGCUCAUGUCACAGGAGAAUCCAAGCUUAUGUACGUGCAAUGGCAGCAAGGGCUCACCUGUGAUAUGACUAUCUAUCAUUCUUUGGUCAUCCUAUAACUUUCAAAAAGUGUUCUUCUCAUUUCAUAGCUUUGUUGUAAAGGGCUUGAAGCUUGAUUAAUUUAUUACUCAUUUAUGUAACUUUCAUAAAAUUGAUAGGUUGUAUGGAUUCAUUAUCAUAUUCUGUUUCUUAUACUCCGUUUCUUAUACUCCGUUGUCGUUUAUCUAAUCAAAUGUAGUAGUAGCCAGCUGUCAGAUGUGUUUGUAAUCUUGUAUACAGACGUUCCUGACUUGGAAUGUUUGAAGGCAUAGAAUAUUUUGAAUAUAUGUUGUGAUGAAGGAAGCCUACUGCUAUGAUGAUGCAAAUAGAACAUCCUAAUCAGAACAGUGUUUUACUUUCUCUUUGAUAAUGUUCUAGUCAACUUGAUACCGAUAGCUAUGUAUGAUUGUGAAAGAAAUGUAUGUUUAAUCUUUCAAAAUUAUCAACAGUUUUGAGAAGGUGGAUUUGAGAACACAGAAAUGAGUGUUUUGGGUAAGGAUAAUAAAAUAAAAAUGUGGUCUUGAGGCAAUCACUUUUGAAUAAUAAUCAACUUAAACGUUAGCCUUGGUUUCCGUUCACUACCAGUUUCAGUUUUCAUUUCAAGUGUGCCGUUCAAGUGUUCCUAUGGAGUCCUGUGAAAAUGAGAGAAUGUGUGUAGAUUAAUACAUAUAUAGGGAUUUAUGAGUUUAAAUAAAGUGCACAACUAGAUGAAUGAAAUGAUAUUUUUAUGAUAUUUUGUCAUCACAUAAAUUGCCUUGUUAAAUGUGUAUGAAAUUUGAUGGUAAUAUAUUUCAGAGUUUUAAUGUGUAGAUGUCCGUGCAGACAAGGCUGUGAUGCAUUACAGAUGUUAGGGUACAAAACCUGUUUCCUUCCUACCAACUGCCCAUGUUCCUGUUCCAUGACCAGGGUUGGAUAAGACCACUAGUGCUGUGACCAGCUAAAAUCUGAACGGACUGCUAGUUUUGAAAUAGCUAUGUUGUGUUAACCACUGUCUGAAAUUAGCUAUUAGGAUUUUAUUACUCAUGGUGUCUACUCUAUCAAGAUUUGAAUCGGCGAGUGUUCAUGUAUAUUAGAAAUACACCAAAACCAUACACGUCUCUGGGCCAGAAUAUGAUAUUGUGACUCAGCAGCACCCACAAGGCAGGUAUUCUAAUGGAAUCUCUGAAAACAAAUUUAACUUGUGUAUGAUUUUUGUUAGCGUUCCUUUGUUUAUAUUCUGACUGACUAGGGCGUUCAUUAUGGCGAAUAUGAUAGAUCAUGCAUGUAGUUUAUAUGUCAGUGAGCAAACAUUAUAUAUGUACGUAAUCACAUCCCCUGCCUCAGUAGAGCUACAUUUGCUUCUUUGUCUGUCUUCUAAGCACUGGUCCUACAACUGAGCUCAUGAUGCUGAGUAGUUAAUGUAUCAAUAUAUAUCAGAGGUGGAUCCAGGAUUCAGCAGAACAUUGUAGUGGCUAGACCAAAAGGUGAAUGUGCAUCCGUGCAUCCAUCUUUAUCUGCAUCCCUGCACAGGACUAGAAUUAACUUUGUACGGUUGCAUACAUUAUUUGUGAGGACUAGUGACUUAACUGGGUUUUCUAUUCAUGUCUUAUGAUAAUGAGAUUGGUUUGUUGUUUAACGCCGCACUCAGCAAUAUUCCAGCUAUAUGAUAGCGGUCUGUAAAUAAUCGAGUCUGGACCAGACAAUCCAGUGACUAAUAUCAUGAACAUCGAUGAGAUGGUUGAAGUUGAUGCUAGCACUGAACUGACUCACCACUGGUGCAGCUGUUGGGGAAGCACCAUGUGCUUUCAAUUUGCUUUCAAUGUGCUUCAAUAGGGUUGAAUAAUAAACAAAGCUUGGACUGCCAUACAUGAUGUCUUAUUGUCUUAUAAUGAUGAUUAUUAAACAGACAUUAGGUCCAGAUAUCUAAGCAUUGCAAGAUUAAUGUACGGAGUAUUGGGGGUAACGUUCAAAAUGUCCGGUAUGCAUGUAUUCUGGCAAUGAUUUUUGGUAGAACAAAUGUGUUUAGUGCCAUGUUGUUUGUGUGAUAUUAGGCUAGGUCUGUUGUUUCCACUUCAUCAACAAGAUUGUUAAGUGAUAUGAUCACACAUGUCUAUACUUGUGAUGCUGUGAAAUGCUAAUCAAGACAAAUGAAAUAACUGGAAACUCAACCCAAAUACUUUUAGUAGACAGCUACAGAUAAGCUGUGUAUUUGCGUAAAAUACCCCCCAAAACUAUUUAAAACCCAAUUACUUUCAAUUAACUUGCGUACAGAAACGCAUCCAUUAAAUGGAAAAUUAAAUGGAAAUUGUUUGAAAACAGCGUGCGUAAAUACCCAAUGAAGCAUUUUAGGCAUGCAAACAAUGGAGCUAAUUUCUGAAACACAUUUACGAGCUAUCAAGCCUAUAUUUAGAACCAUUAUACAGUGAUCCCUCGAUAUACCGCUGUCAUCAGGGUCCAAGAAACUGACCCCGCGGUGUAUUACAUCUAAAACAUUAUUUCAUUUUUUUUUUAAAUCUCAAAAUGGUUACUCAUAUUGGGAAAAACCCAAUAGAGUGUUGAAUAGGUGAGUGAAAAAAUAUUGGUUACCCAGUGAAAAAUGUGAUAACCCAAUGAAAAUAGAACCCGUGGAGUAAAAACUCAAUUGCUCAACAAGUUAUCUGGAGCUCUUGUAGAUUGGACUUGACAGCUGCUUGACAAGUUAAGAUCUUUAUCUUAAGAUAUGUUUUUGAUUCAUGUUGAUAAGAGAAGCAUGUCCUUAUGUAAGUAUACUGCUUUUAGCUAAUGAUACAGUAGUCAUUAAAGAUGUCUCUAGAAUUGAUACUAAUGGUGAAUGGUUUUAACCCAAUCAGCAACAAUUACUAUUUAUUUACACAGAGUGACUAGUGUUGGUAUUAUAAAUGAUUAUCACAUCAUUAAAUUGGAGUAUUGCUGCACGUUUGUAAUGAGGAAUUAAUCACAAUUGAUUUAAUAGUGGCACCUGUUUUGUUUUGUUACUGUCUUGCGAGUAUAUCUCUUUUAGUUGUUAUAAUGUUACAUCAUGUCAUUUUUAGUUUUCAUAUUUUUUUGGUGCACAUAUAUUAUUGUUUUUGGUGUAGAAGUCGCAGUUGAAAUGAUUGACUGUGAAGAGGACUAUGGUAGAACCAGUGUGCAUUGUCCUAUUGUCUGAAAUUCUGAUAAUGCUUAUGGAAUCUGUUCCUCAGUCUUUGAUAUACAAUGUAUCUACAGCAGCCAUCAAAAUUCAUGCUAGUCCACUAGCCCGAGGGUACUAAAUUGUGCUGAGGACAAGUAACAAUCCAAUGAUGGUAGUCCUCAUUGACUGGUUCCAUUUGAGGGCUAUGAUUCUGAACCAGUUUUCAAUGCUUCAAUUUUGCUACAGAUUAGAAGUCAAUAAAACAGACAUAAAAAAAAAAUGGUAAAUAAUUUGUCUCAUUCAAGAAGGAUGAACUACAAACUGAGGAAUAGUGAAUUAAGGAUUACA